AUAUACAUCCCUCAUACGUACUUACCUAACCUUUACAUAGGUAGGUAUACAUAUACAUAUGUCGCUACGCGCCGCUAGUCGCGUCGACUUCGUCUCCCGGGUCUCAACAGCCACAAGACUUCGAUUAAGACCACGUACACGUACUCUUCUUCCUCGUUCUCUCCUUGGACUUCCAGCCGCACCUCAGUGGAGACAAAAUCACAUCUGGUGCACUCCUGCCCUAUCCUCUCCACCUCCUUACGGGCCAAGUCUACGUCUUGGGAAUCACUCCUCACUCACUUCCGUCUCAAGAACAUCUCCUUUAGAGAAGGCUCGAAACACCACCCUCUCGAUACCCCGCCUUGUUCGACACUGCUCAUACCGGAGACAAAAUAUGUGUAAGCUUGCUGGAGACAUUGACCACACCGGAGGGGCUAACCCGGACCCCACCGAGGGCCGUGUGCUUCUCCCGACCAACGUCAUCCCUAGACACUACGAUGUUACUCUAGAGCCCAACUUCGAAAAGUUCACUUUCGAGGGUAACGUGCUUAUCGACUUCGAUGUCCAGGAAGAUUCCAAGUCCAUCUCCCUCCACACCCUUCAGAUCGAUAUUCACAGCGCCAACAUCAAAUCCGGAGACACCAUUAUCAGCUCUUCCUCGGCAAUCACCUACGAUGAGUCCGAGCAAGUCACCAGCAUCGAGCUCAAGGAUGCAAUUCCGAAGGGGAAGGCUCAGUUGGAAAUCAAGUACUCCGGCCUGCUCAACGACCAGAUGGCUGGCUUUUACCGCUCUACCUACAAGAAGCCGGACGGCUCCGAAGGUGUCCUUGCCACUACGCAGAUGGAAGCCAACGACUGCCGACGGGCUUUCCCCUGCUUCGACGAGCCCAUGCAUAAGGCGAAAUUCACCAUCACUCUUAUCGCAGACAAGCACUUGACAUGUCUCAGCAACAUGGACGUUGCGUCAGAAUCCGAAGUGCACUCGGAAAUGAGCGGAUCUACAAAGAAGGCUGUCAAGUUUAACACGACUCCCCUUAUGUCUACUUACUUGGUCGCCUUCAUCAUUGGUGAAUUGAAUUACAUCGAGACCAAAAAAUUCCGUGUCCCAAUCCGAGUGUAUGCUCCGGCUAGUUCAGAUAUCGAACACGGCCGCUUCUCGCUCGAGCUUGCAGCGCGGACGCUGGACUACUACGAGAAAAUAUUCGGAGCCGAAUUCCCGUUGCCUAAAAUGGACAUGGUCGCCAUCCCCGACUUCGCGGCGGGCGCUAUGGAAAAUUGGGGAUUGAUCACUUAUCGUGUCGUUGACCUUAUGUUGGAUGAGAAGGCCAGCGGUGCGGCGAUGAAAGAGCGUGUCGCCGAGGUCGUCCAGCACGAACUGGCACAUCAGUGGUUCGGCAACUUAGUGACUAUGGACUGGUGGGAAGGUCUGUGGCUGAACGAAGGUUUUGCGACUCUGAUGAGUUGGCUAAGCUGCGACUACUUUUACCCAGAAUGGAAGGUCUGGGAAAACUACGUUACGGACAAUCUCCAGAGUGCCUUAGGAUUGGACUCGUUGAGGAGCAGCCACCCUAUCGAGGUGCCAGUCAAGCGCGCCAGUGAGGUUGACCAGAUCUUCGAUGCCAUUUCUUAUUCUAAAGGUUCAUGUGUCCUUCGUAUGAUCUCCACGUAUCUCGGCGAAGAGACUUUCUUAGAGGGUGUCAGGAGGUACAUCAAGAAGCACGCUUAUGGUAACACACGGACAGAUGAUCUGUGGGCAGCCCUUGAAGAUGCCAGUGGCAAGCCUGUCCGGGAGAUUAUGUCCAUAUGGACUAAGAACGUGGGUUACCCCGUGGUACAGGUCACGGAGGACGAGAAGAACAGUUCAAUCCGCGUAAAGCAGAAUCGAUUCCUGAGGACCGGUGACACGAAACCUGAAGAGGACCAAGUGUUAUACCCAGUCUUUUUGGGUCUCCGAACGAAGGACGGCGUUGACGACUCGUUAACACUAACGAAGAGGGAAGAUGAAUUCAAGGUUAAGAACUUGGAUUUCUUCAAGCUAAACGCAAACCACACUAGCAUCUACCGAACAUCCUACACACCUGAACGCCUUACAAAGCUAGGCCAAUCGGCCAAGGAAGGACUGCUAACGGUUGAGGACCGUGCCGGCAUGAUCGCCGACGCCGGUGCUCUUGCUGUGUCUGGCUACCAGAAGACCUCCGGUGUUCUUAACCUACUAAAAGGGUUCGACACGGAGGAGUCAUUCGUGGUUUGGAGUGAGAUCAUUGCCAGAGUUGCUACCGUCCAAUCUGCUUGGGUGUUCGAGGAUGCUGCCGUAAAGGACGGCCUCGAAGCCUUCGUUAAGGAGCUUGUCAGCGAGAGAGCUCACAAAUUAGGUUGGAACUUCUCGGACAAGGAUGGCCACGUUGAACAGCAAUUCAAGGCCAUGCUCUUCGGCGCAGCUGGAAUGGCUGGCGACCAGAAGAUCAUCGAGGCGUCUAAGGAGAUGUUCAAGAAAUACAUGGACGGUGACAGGUCAGCCAUCCACCCGAACAUCCGGGGAAGCGUCUUCAGCAUGGCUCUCAAGUAUGGCGGAAAGGAGGAGUACGAUGCCGUUCUCGACUUCUUCCGCAAGUCCAGCAACAGCGAUGAGCGUAAUACAGCCCUUCGAUGCAUCGGCCGAGCUAAGGACCCGGCCCUAAUCAAGCAAACAUUAGACUUUGUCCUCAGCGGCGAAGUCAAGAGCCAAGAUUUAUACCUUCCAGCAAGCGGACUCCGCAGCCAUGCUGAGGGUAUCGAGGCUCUCUUUAACUGGCUAACUGAGAAAUGGCCAGAAAUUACCAAGCGCCUCAGCGGCAAUUCGCCUAUCUUAGGUUCUAUGGUUACCAUCUGCACAUCUAGCUUUGCAAAGCCGGAACAACUGCAGAGAGUAGAGGAAUUCUUCAAGGAUAUUGACACCAAGAACUUCGCCCAGCCCCUUGCUCAGAGCAAGGAUGCCAUACGUAGCAAGAUUUCAUGGCUGGAGCGUGAUCGUGACGAUGUCGCGAAAUGGGUUAAAGAAAACGGGUACAGCUCGUGAGCCAUCGGAUGAAUCGACACGAUAUGUCCCAUACGGGUUUAGAGGGUAUUUACUGGGGAGGUGUUUAGAAGAAAGAGCCCGAGAGAUACCCCGGUAGAAAAGGAUAGAAAAGCAAUCACCAAUCAGAAGAAGAAAAAAAGAAAGAAAAAAAAGUACU